AUGAAGCGCACAGGCUGGCACAGGUUUAUUCUGCUGCGAGCUGUUGGGACUUCGGCCUUGGGCUUGCGCGGACAACCGAUCAGCGCAAGAUAUGGGGCCGGUGUAACAGCUGGGGGGCGUCAGCGUCCGUACACCAAACCUCCAGUCAUAUUCGGGACGCAAGCUUUCCGCCAGUUCAGCACAACACCGCAGAAGCCAUAUACCGAUGAUGAAGAUGCUGGCACGUACAGUGAAGCGGACUACGAACACGCGGUCAUCUCAACGUUUGAUCUCUUCUCUAUCGGCAUUGGCCCCUCGUCUUCUCAUACCGUCGGACCCAUGCGUGCUGGCAACAUCUUCGUAGCGGAUCUCGUGGAAGCCAAUCUACUGCACCGGGUCAACAAAAUCCGCGUUUCCAUCUACGGUAGUCUGGCCCUGACCGGUGAAGGACAUAUGACCCCGUCGGCCCUCCUUCUCGGCCUGGAGAGUGCUGACGUUGAGACGGUCGACACUUCAUACGUGCCGAAGCGGUUUGUUGAGAUUAAGUCAAGCAAGAAGCUCAUUCUGGGCCAUGGGCUUCCGGGCCACAAGGGCAAAGAGGUUGCCUUUGAUUAUGAACGGGACUUCAUUUGGGAAUGGGGAAGGAAGUUGCCCCUACACAGCAAUGGUAUGCGUCUUAUGGUAUUCGAUGCCGAGGGCGACAUGUUGGCGACCAACGAUUUCUUUAGUGUUGGUGGCGGCUUUGUCGUCAACGGAGCCCUUUCCAACAAUGCGGCUUCCAACCCAGAGGACCCGGACCCGCCAAAUAGCUCUUCAGAAGAAUCCCACGAUCUGGUGGCUCAAGAUUCAGGACAUCAUCCGGCUGAUCUAACCGAAAACAUGUUUUACAAGGAGAUCCGCCGAGCAGAUGCCGCUGGAGAUCGGAAAACCGGGCCCGAGAUCAAACUCCUUGACGGUUCCGGUGUGCCUGAGAUUGGUUUGGAGUCGGCUCAAAGCGCUCUGUCUCCCACGUCGGCUGGUCCCACAGACAUUCAGACCGAAUGCGACCGCACUACUACCUCUCAUCAGCCUCGCUACCCUUUCCGCGAUGCUGCCAGCUUGUUACAUCUGUGUCACAAGCACAACCUGACUAUUGCGCAACUGGUGUUUGAGAACGAAAAGAGCCACGGGUAUUCUGAGGAAGAAAUAUAUCGGAAACUCCUCCGGAUCUGGCGAGUCAUGGACGAAAGCAUCCUCGAAGGUGUCCAGGCUCCGCUCGACUCAACCCUUCCAGGCUCGCUGAAGCUGCAUCGACGAGCCCCUGCAUUGUACAAGCGGCUCACGAGAGGUCUCUAUCCUUCACACACUCAAGGAACUCAAGAUGUCGAACGCGCGGGAUCUCCUUCUUCAAAGACGACCAAUGUACCCUUACUCCACCCGACAGCCACAGUGGUGACUUCGGCACACAAUCGCAUCGGCCUGCGACGCGCUCCCCGUGUCCAUGGUGCCCUCGAUCAUCCCAUCCCACCGCCUCCCUCGCGCCGCACCACUUUCCCCGCCAUGGAUUACCUGACCGUUUACGCCAUUGCUGUCAACGAGACCAACGCGGCCGGGGGACGAAUCGUCACGGCUCCUACAAACGGCGCUGCUGGCAUCAUCCCUGCCGUGCUCAAAUACACAAUUGAAUUCAUCAGCGACGAUCCAGAACGCGACGUGCCGACCUUCUUGCUCACAGCCGCGGCCAUUGGCAUGCUUUACAAGCGGGGCGCGACCAUCUCCGCGGCCGAGGGCGGGUGCAUGGCAGAAGUAGGGGUCGCCUGUUCAAUGGCCGCAGGCGCCUUUGCGGCGUGCAUGGGUGCCAGUCCAGAGGCUAUCGAACAGGCUGCUGAGAUUGGUAUCGAGCACAACCUGGGCCUCACGUGUGACCCCAUUGGUGGUCUUGUCCAGGCGCCUUGUAUAGAACGAAAUGCUCUGGGUGCCAUCAAGGCCAUUUCGAGCGCCAACCUUGCUCUCAGCAGUGAAACCGGCACACAGAAGGUGAGACUAGAUGAUGCCAUCCGGGCCAUGCGCCUGACUGCCAGGGGGAUGCGGAACGAGUUCAAGGAGACGAGUCUGAGUGGAUUGGCCACGAGCGUGCCGCUUCAUAUCCCAGUCAGCGUCCCUGACUGUUGA